AUGAAAAAUAUAUCUUCUUCAACGGCAGCUCAAACCCUUCCAACAUCUUCCGAACUUACUUCGAAACAUUGGACUUAUGAUGUCUUCUUGAGUUUUAGUGAGGACGAUCGCAACAACUUCAUCGGUUACCUUUACUGUGCUUUAGUUAAAGAUGGAAUUCGCACUUUUACAGACAAAAAUGCGCUUAGUAGAGGAGGAAGAAUAGGUGAUGAGCUUUUAAAUGCGAUUCGUGGAUCAAAUAUUUCGAUUGUGGUCUUCUCCAAAAGUUAUGCUUCUUCUCGAUGGACGCUCGAGAAGCUUGUUGAGAUCUUGCACUGUAUAAAAACCGGGAACCACACUCUGCUUCCUGUAUUUUAUCAUGUCGACCCCUCAGAUGUCAGAAACCAAACCGGAACUUUUACAGAAGCAUUUGCAAGGUAUGAAAAGCUAAUUCCGGAAGAUAUGGAGAGAAUAAAGAGGUGGAGAGCAGCUCUUACUGAAGCUGCCAACUAUCCCGGCUGGAAUCUCGACAGCUUCGCAAAUGGGUACUAUUCUACGCUCUCUUCUCUCGUGCUUCUUGAUGAAUUUUCAAAUUGGAUUUUGCCCCUUUUUGGAAGCGCUAGAUGA